CUAUGGACAACACCGUUGGUAGUUCUAGGUAUCGCCCUAAAUUUUUCUUAAAAGAGUCCUUUUUCCACUAGCUUUUCUUCGAGACUGCCCCGACAGUUUCUCGCCCAGGGAGACGAAACGACGCCGAAAUUUUCCAAAAGUCUUCUACUACCAAUCCACCAGCAACCAAACCGCCCUACCGCGACUCCGAUUAAAUACACAAGACAAAGAAACAACCAAAAAACCAAAUCACUCCUUUUCCUUCUUCCACAACCAAAAAAAAAAAAAAAAUGGCGAAAGCAAAAAUGAGCGGGGACGUGAUCGGAAUCGACCUGGGGACCACCUUCUCCUGCGUCGCCGUCGCCCGCGACGACAAGAUCGAGAUCAUCGCCAACGACCAAGGCAACCGAAUCACCCCUUCCUUCGUCGCCUUCUCCGCCGCGAAUUCCGAGCGGCUCAUCGGCGAGGGCGCGAGGAACCAGGCGGCGCUCAACCCGCGCCGCACAAUCUUCGACGCCAAGCGCCUCAUCGGGAAGAAGUUCGACGACCCGGAGGUCCAGCACGACUUGAAGUACCUGCCGUACCCGGUGGUCAACCGGGACGGGAAGCCGUACGUCGAGAUAGAAGUCAAAGCCGGCGGCGGCGGCGGCGGCGGUGGGGAGGUGAGGGCGUUCAGCCCGGAGGAGAUCAGCGCAAUGAUACUGGGGAAGAUGAAGGAGACCGCGGAGGCUUAUUUAGGGAAGCCGGUGAGCGGCGCCGUGGUUACGGUGCCGGCGUACUUCAACGACGCGCAGAGGAAGGCGACCAAGGACGCCGGCACGAUCGCCGGGCUCAACGUCCUCCGCAUCAUCAACGAGCCCACCGCCGGGGCUCUCGCCUACGGUUUGAGCCACAGAAUGGGUAACAAGAAGCGGAAAAUCCUGGUGUACGACCUGGGCGGCGGGACGUUCGACGUGAGCGUGCUGGAGAUCGAGGACGGCGUGUUCGAGGUGCUGGCGACCGGCGGGGACACCCACCUGGGCGGGGGAGAUUUCGACCAGAGAAUCAUAGAGUAUUUCAUCAAGCUGAUCAAGAGGAAACACGGGAAAGACGUGAGCGGGGACGGCAAGGCGCUGGGGAAGCUGAGGAAGGAGUGCGAGAGGGCGAAGAGGGCGCUGAGCAAUCAGAGCCAGGUGACGCUCGAGAUCGACUCCUUCGUCCAGGGCGCGGAUUUCUCGGAGCCGCUGACCAAGGCGCGGUUCGAGGAGCUGAAUCUGGACCUCUUCAGGAAGACCCUGUCCGUGGUGAAGGCGACGCUGGAGGACGCGAAGCUGGAGAAGAGCGAGAUCGAGGAGAUCGUGCUGGUGGGAGGGAGCACCCGGAUCCCGAGGCUCAGGGAGAUGCUCAAGGAGAUGUUCGACGGGAAGGAGCCGAGCAAAGGGGUGAACCCCGACGAGGCCGUGGCUUAUGGUGCUGCCGUGCUGGGAGCCAACAUUAGCGGCCAAGCUGAUUCUCGAUAUGGUGUUACAUUGUUUGAUGUGACUCCGUUGAGUUUGGGAGUUGAGGUGACUGGAGGCUUGAUGUCUGUGGUUGUUCCGAGGAAUACUCCCAUUCCAGCAAAGAUGGGAGUUGCAAAGCUAGAGGAGACAUUCGAGAUCGACGAGGACGGGAUCCUGAGGAUCACGGCGAGGGAGAAGGUCUCGUCGUCGCGAUCCGAAUCCCUCACCAUCACCAACUACAAAGGCGACCUGACGCAGCGGGAGAUCGAGAGAAUGAUCAAGGAAGCGGCCAAGAUGGCGGAGGAAGACAGGGCAGCCAAGGCCCGCGUCGACGCCAGGAACCAGCUGGAGCGUUACAUCUACGACGUCAAGAACGCCAUAAGCAGAACGGGCAGCUCUAGCGGCAGCAGUGAUGGAGACGACGGCAAGCAGCAGCAGCAUGUGUUGUUGCGCGACAAGAUGGGUUGGUACGAGAAGAGAACGGUGGAGAGUGCCGUCGGGGAUGCUUCGCGUUGGUUGGAGGAGAACCCUAAUGCUACCAAGGAAGAGUACGAGAAGAAGCUGAAGAAGUUGAGGGAUGUUUGGAACCCUAUUCUCAACAAACUAACUUAACGGUAAUAAUGCAUAAGCUGCUAGGUAUAGCAGUGUCUGUAAUUAAUUAAGUUGGCAAGAUCGUGUAAUUAAUUAUGUUCUACGUACAGUUUGCUUUCUUCUUUUCUUUUUUGGCUCCAAGGUAAUGUUUGGAUUUGGUUUUGAGAUAACAAAAAAAAAAUAUUGCGGUGGAUGUAUUUUAUGUUUGUUGAUGAUCAUCCUUCCGUCCAUUUAAUUAAAAAGCAUGGUUUAGGAAAUCCUAUGGUAUCGGUUGGUUCGAUCGAAAA